AUGUCUACAGAUACUAGAUCACCCUCAUCCCUAAACCCAUCCGACAAAGCGUCUUCAACAGAAUUGGGAGAAAUUCUACCGGUUCAACAUGAUCCGUCUAAGUCAAGAUAUUACAUCGAGACUCAAUGGGGAAGUAUAAGCGCAUUAUCUGAUGAACAAGUUAGAAUAGUCAAGGGUAUGAGAAGAACUGAGUCUGGUACUGGCUAUGGCUCAGAAGGAGGAUCUCAUCCAAAUACUGAGUCCAAGAAUGAGAUCGAUGGCGUGAAUGAUUCUGUUGAUAAAGAUACCGUCCAGCCUGAUUCUCAGUUCCUACGAGAUGGCGAGAACAUCUUGGGCACCAGCGAUCAUGCAAACAUGCAUCCUUCCUAUGUAGGCAGAACAACUUUCCCAAGUAAGAUGCAACAACGAAGAGCACAACAGAUGAUCAACACCCAAAGAAUCAAAAACAGAAAGAUCCACACAACUAGAUCGCGAACUCAAGUUGAGAAAGAUUCAUUAGGCUCUGGCUCUGAUGAUCCUACCCUUGUUAUUCAAAGUGAUCAUGAUGUUAAUACUACGAUCUUGUCCAGCGUUACUUCUAGUGAUUCCGGUAAGAAUUAUAAGAUCGGAAAUAGAGAAAUGAAAGCGUUGUUGAAAAGUUAA